ACGUCAACAAGUGGAUUGCAAUCAGACGGUGAUUGUGUCUCUUUUCAUUCUCUCUCUUUUACUAAUUUCUCUGAUAAUUAAACUGAGAAUGUAUAUUAAGAAAAAAAAACAAAAACAAGAGAGGAAUUUUCAUACACACUAACUUAAGACUCUUUGUAAGUUUUCCCAAAUAUGGAUUUUCUAGUAUAAAUAUGAGUUCAUUAGUUUCACCAAGCCUACAAGCAUCUCUCCAUCUCAAAUCAUAUUCACCUAAAAAUCAGGUUAAUAUAAAAGAAUAAUGAUGUUUUCGGUGACGGUUGCGAUCCUUGUUUGUCUUAUUGGCUACAUUUACCGAUCAUUUAAGCCUCCACCACCGCGAAUCUGCGGCCAUCCUAACGGUCCUCCGGUUACUUCUCCGAGAAUCAAGCUCAGUGAUGGAAGAUAUCUUGCUUAUAGAGAAUCUGGGGUUGAUAGAGACAAUGCUAACUACAAGAUCAUUGUCGUUCAUGGCUUCAACAGCUCCAAAGACACUGAAUUUCCCAUCCCUAAGGAUGUAAUUGAGGAGCUUGGGAUAUACUUUGUGUUCUACGAUAGAGCAGGAUAUGGAGAAAGUGAUCCACACCCAUCACGCACUGUUAAGAGUGAAGCAUACGACAUUCAAGAACUCGCCGAUAAACUCAAGAUCGGACCAAAGUUCUAUGUUCUUGGUAUAUCACUAGGUGCUUACUCGGUUUAUAGUUGCCUCAAAUACAUUCCCCACAGACUAGCUGGAGCAGUCUUAAUGGUUCCAUUUGUGAACUAUUGGUGGACUAAAGUGCCUCAAGAAAAAUUGAGUAAAGCGUUGGAGCUAAUGCCAAAGAAAGACCAAUGGACGUUUAAAGUGGCUCAUUAUGUUCCGUGGUUGUUAUAUUGGUGGUUGACCCAAAAACUAUUUCCGUCUUCGAGUAUGGUCACGGGGAACAAUGCGUUAUGCAGCGACAAAGAUUUGGUCGUCAUAAAGAAGAAAAUGGAGAAUCCACGCCCUGGCUUGGAAAAAGUUAGACAACAAGGAGACCAUGAAUGUCUUCACCGGGACAUGAUAGCCGGAUUCGCGACAUGGGAAUUCGACCCGACUGAAUUAGAAAAUCCGUUUGCGGAAGGCGAAGGAUCGGUCCACGUUUGGCAAGGGAUGGAAGACAGAAUCAUUCCAUACGAAAUUAAUCGAUAUAUAUCAGAGAAGCUUCCAUGGAUUAAGUACCAUGAGGUCUUAGGUUAUGGACAUCUUCUAAACGCCGAGGAGGAGAAAUGCAAAGACAUUAUCAAGGCACUUCUUGUCAACUGAUGAUCAUCUCUACACAAGAUGCCACGAAAAAUAUAGCAUAUUUAAUAGAUUUUAUUUAUGGAUUAUAAUAUUAUAGCAUAUUAUAAGUUUGUAAGUAAGAUGAAAACCACUUGAAAGUCAUUAAUUUACUAUAAAAUACUUGUUAUCUUCCACUAAUAGUCAUUAAAUCGAACCAAAAAUGUCACAUUGGUCAAAGCCG